AUGACGCCCGCGGAGACCUCGCCGCCGGCGCCACCUCCCCGUGCUACUCACCCUGUCUCAACCCCGCUCCUCCUACAAGACCCCACAAUCCAGGCCACGCCCUCUUGGAGGGAGCAGCUCACGCUCCGUGGCAUCGCCGUGGCGGCGGCGCUGGGCGCGCUGCUCUGCGUGGUAAUCCACCGCCUCAACCUCACCGUCGGGGUCAUACCGGCGCUGAACGUCGCCUCGGGCCUCCUCGCCUUCUUCCUCGCGGCGGCGUGGCGUGCUGCCGCCGGGAGGCUAGGGUUUGGCCGCGGGCCGCCCUUCACGAGGCAGGAGAACACCGUCAUCCAGACGUGCGCCAUAGCAUGCGCCGGCCUCGCGUUUAGCGGGUGUUCCGCCUCCUACAUCUUUGCUAUGGACAGGAAGACUUAUGAGCUCGUGGGACCAGACUAUCCCGGUAAUCGAGCAGAAGAUGUUAGAGAUCCCUCACUCGGCUGGAUGAUAAGCUUCUUGUUCCUCAUUGCUCUCGUUGGGCCAUUUAGCAUUGUCUUGCUUCGGAAGGUAAUGGUGAUUGAUUACAAGCUUACAUUCCCUGGUGGGACAGCUACAGCUUUGAUGAUCAACAGCUUGCAUGGGAAAACGGAAGGCGAUCUUGCAGGGAAAAAGGUGCACUGCCUUGUAAAAUACAUGGGCAUUAGUUUUUUCUGGAGCUUCUUUAAGUGGUUCUUUAGUGGUGUUGGUGACUCUUGUGGUUUCGACAAUUUCCCUACAUUUGGGAUUGAAGCUUUUAAAAACACGUUUUAUUUCGACUUCAGUCCUAGUUAUGUUGGGUUUGGUCUUAUUUCCCCUCAUAUUGUGAACUGCUCAGUUUUCCUUGGGUCAGUCAUAUCCUGGGGCUUUCUUUGGCCAUUUAUCAGUGCACAAGCUGGUCAUUGGUACCCAGAUAACCUUGGUAACAGUGAUUUCAGAGGCCUGUAUGGUUAUAAGGUCUUCAUAGCCAUUUCUAUCAUACUUGGAGAUGGCCUAUACAACUUGGUUAAGAUAUUUGUUGUCAUUGCUAGGGAAUUCUGCAGUAUGCAAUCAAAAAAACGUGAUCUGCCUGUUCAAGCUCUGGAAGCGGAAGAUGAUGGGAGUUGUGAACAAUUAACAGAAGGGAAACUACAAACAGAGGUAUUCCUCAAAGAUAGUAUAUCUCCUUGGUUUGCUGCUUCUGGUUACAUUGUCCUGGCAGCAAUAUCCACCGCCACUGUGCCCACCAUAUUUCCCCAGCUCAAGUGGUACCUUGUCCUCUUGUGCUACUUCCUUGCUCCUGCUGUUGCAUUCUGCAACUCCUACGGAAUGGGCCUCACCAACCUGAACCUUGCCCCUACCUACGGCAAGAUUGGCCUUUUCGCAUUCGCCUCCCUUGUCGGCAGUGAUGGCGGCGGAGUCAUCGCCGGCUUUGCAGCCUGUGGCAUCAUAAUGUCCAUUGCCUGCUCCACAGCAGAUCUAAUGCAGGAUUUCAAGAGCGCGUACCUGACCCUCUCCUCACCACGGUCAAUGUUCAUUGCCCAGCUGAUCGGCAUCGCGCUUGGGUGCAUCAUAGCACCACUCACGCUGUGGCUCUUCUGGACAGCCUUCGACAUCGGCGACCCUGACGGAGAGUACAAAGCCCCCUUUGCCAUCAUGUUCCGGGAGAUGGCCAUCCUUGGUAUUGAGGGCUUCUCCGCGCUGCCAUUGCACUGCCUUGACAUCUGCUAUGCUGCCUUCUUCCUCGCCUUGGCCAUCAGUCUCCUCAAGGACGUGACACCCGCAAACAUGUCCAGGUUCAUCCCCAUACCGAUUGCUAUGGCUGCACCGUUCUACGUCGGCGCCUACUUUGGCGUGGACAUGUUCAUAGGCACAGUGAUCUUGUACGUCUGGCAGAAGCUGAACCGGGAGGAGGCUGAUGGUUACGCAGUGGCUGUGGCGUCCGGGCUGAUCUGUGGAGAUGGGAUCUGGAGCAUCCCUUCUGCUCUUCUGUCCAUCCUGGGAGUUGUUCCACCCAUCUGCAUGUCCUUCAAGCCUUCCUCUGCUCCCAGCGAACAGAUGCACAAGGCAGAAGGGUGCAGAGGCGAGCAGCAGCAGAAGGUGGGCAGCCAUGGAGAUGCUGAGCAUGCUGAGGGUGGGGUACACCUUCAUGGACUGGGCGGCGCGCAGGUCCCUUGUGCUCCUGGCCAUCUCCCCCCCGCCGUACUACAUCUACAAGCUCACCACACGUCGGCCUUCGCUGCUGCCGUGCCAGAGGACGUCGCAGGGAAGGUCGUGCUCAUCACCGGCGCCUCCUCCGGCAUCGGCAAGCAAAUAGCUUACCAGUACGCGAAGAAGGGAGCAAGACUGGCGCUAGGGGCGAGGAGGGAGGGAAGCCUGCAUGAUGUUGCGGCGAGAGCGAAGGAUGUUGGCUCGCCGGACGUUCUGGUUGUUGCCGGGGACGUUGCAAAUUCGGAGAAUUGCCUGAGGUUUGUGCAGGCCACAGUUGAACAUUUCGGCCGAUUGGAUCAUCUUGUGAAUAAUGCUGGUGUAGCAAAUGUCUGCUGGUUUGAGGAAGAACCAGAUGUUGCUGAUUUGAAGCAAGUCCUGGCCGUAAACUUCUGGGGCGCAGUUCAUCCGACCCACUGCGCACUUCCCCAUCUGAAGAAGAGUGGUGGGAAGAUCGUCUUCGCCAACUCCUCGGCUGCGGCGGUGCUGGCAAUGCCACGAAUAAGCUUCCACAAUGCCAGCAAGGCUGCCGUCCUCAACUUCUUCGAGACGCUGCGGAUGGAGCUGGGCGACGAGGUCGGCAUCACGAUCGCUACUCCCGGGUGGAUCGAGUCGGAGAUGACGAAAAGGAAGCACCUGUCGAAGGAAGGGACGGUGGAGGUUGAUCAAGACACGAGGGAUGCUCAGGUCGGCUUGUUCCCGGUGGUGCGCGCCACGCGGUGCGCCGAGGUCAUCGUGGACGCCAUCUGCCGCGGCCGGCGCCACCUCACCGUGCCGCUGUGGUACCGGGCGCUGUUCCUGUGGCGGACGCUGGCGCCCGAGGUGACGGACUUGAGCCAGACACUGUUCUACCGCCGGACCGCUGGCGGCCACGGUAACCAGGCGAAGGCCAAGCGGAAGCGGUUCCUGGAGUUCACCGGCGCCAAAGGGGUGCUCCAGCCGGCGUCGCUGCACAGCUCGGAUAUCAAACGGGAGUAG